AUGUCUCCACAUCUAAAUAUGCCCAUCGCACAGUCCACACUAAUGGAUUCUAAGGCAUUUUGCAUCCGCUUAAACACGCACAGAUUACCUACAACCUUGGAAAUGGUAGAAGAAGCGAUUCUAACGCUUAACACCGCACGCGGCAUCUCACUGCAGAAGUUGAAGAAGUACAUUAUCGAAAAGUAUCAAAUUGAAAUGAGCGCCAAACGCUAUACCAUGAUGAAGACACAUUUGUAUACACUAUUUUCCAAUGGGACGCUUAUGACAGUAACUGGAAGGGGAUUGUCGGGUAGUUUCAAAAUACAGAAAACGAUUAGUGGUUCAUUAGUAAAAAAGAAAUCGAUUGGUGCCAGGAAUACGGAUGGACACAUCGGCGCACGUCAACGUAAAAUAGGAGUUAGCAAAGCAAAAAGCAAUAAAUCAAAGAAAAAGAAAAAUGUGACACCAGCCAACCUAACUGAAACGCCACUUAACUAUGUGACACUCUUAAUGGCUCCUCAUGCACCGCAACGCAACUCCUCGGCGACAGAUCUCAGUCAUGUAGAACAAGUAGGGGGCACACCUCGUAGCGCUGGUACGCGUGUAGGACGUAAACGAAGACUUGCGUCGGUCCAGGAACCGAUUGCGGCAUCACAAGAAUUUUAAGAAAACACAGUACUCCGUAAACUCAAGCAUUGAGUUUUUAAAUGCAGAAAGGUAGUCGCUGUUGCAACAUUCAGUAUGAAGCAGGUCUUCAUAUUUCAUAUGUUCAUG